AUGUGGCGCCUCGGGCGCGCUGCGACAGCGCUGGGGGCGACCCCACGCAGCUUGCGAUUCCGACUCCAGACGCUCGCGGCAGAGGCGACCGAAGCUCCAAAGCCUCGGCCCAGGCCAGCAGCCAGACGGAAGGAGAUGGUAACGGCAGGAAGGGUACUGGGCGCCGCUGUAGGAGGUGCUGGAGUUGCUUACGCAGCAUCGGACAGUGUCCGCGGUCCGGUCGACGAAGCUAUCAAGAAGCUCACAGAAGCUUUUGAGGACUUCAACGACACUUCGCGCGAGUUCUUUGAGAACACGGGAGAUCGGCUUCUGGGCAAGCGCCAGGAGCCGUGGCUCCUGGACCGCCAGACCAUGAAAUACGAUGAGAUGCUCCCCACGUUGGUGCUUGACUUGGACAAGGUGAUACUUCACCUUCAUCACGAGAGCAAGCAGGGCUGGCAAGUUGUCAAGAGACCCUUCGCGGACCAGUUCUUCAAGGAGAUCUGCCACUACUACGAGCUGGUUAUUUUCUCUGACGAUGUGUUUCCAGUGGCUUUGGACAUUGUCUCGAAAUGGAACCUUCCAAUCUCGGGCGUUCUUCAUCGAGACUUCUGCAAAAAGAAGCGGAACCAUUUCGUGAAGGACCUUUCCAAGUUGGGGCGCAGGUUGGACAGAACCCUCAUGAUCGACCACGAUCCGGCAGCUUUCCAGCUGCAGCCGGCCAAUGGUAUCGUGAUUCGGCCUUUUGAUGGCGACACCAGCGACACGGAGCUUGCAGACCUGCUAGAGUUUCUGAAGGCAGCCGCCUGCAGCCCUGCCGACCUUCGCAAGUUUGUGGAAAAGUAUGGCGGCGGAGACGAGGACGUGGGCAGGCGCUACCUGUUGCAGAAGCAGGAGCAGGACAAGCUCGUCGAAAGCCGCAGGUCUUUCGGCAGGGCCUUUGGCAAGAAUCCAGCGAUCGGCGCUCCGCCUGGGCAGUUCGGUGGCUUCGGCAACAUGCGCUAG